AUGGAAGAACAGACAAAGAGAAUGAAAUUGGAAAAUCGAGUAACGACUGAAGAAAGUACAAUAACCACAUCGGGGUUGUAUCAACGUCUUUCAGUCUCUGUUGAAAAAUUUCAGAGUGAAGAAGAAUCAACACAAUUCAACAAUAGUACUAUUCCAGCAUUACAAAUCAAUAGUAAUGAUCAAGCAAGUAGUUCAAACAUGAUUUCUCUAACAAUCAAUGAAAAAAAUUUGGACAAAGAAACACGUGUCCACCAGUUCUUUAAAAAACUGUUCUCAAAUGAAAUUUCCACAGUAUAUACAGCCGUUGAUACAAACAAAACUAUUAUUCAUAACAGAAAGCCCGACUUUACGUUUAUUCCCAAAAUGUUUAACCUAACAGAAAAUGAUCCCAGAGCAAUAGAACAUUUGGCGCUAGGUUUUUUAGAAUUGAAAAAGGAUACAAAAGUGAUUGAAACACCACAUAUCCUUGGCCAGCUUUGUGAUUACAUGUUUAGGGCACUCAAAGAUAGCUACAAGUCCUAUGUUUUUGGAUUCGUUUCAAACUUCAAGGACAUUAUUUUUGUGAAGAUGAGAAAAUCGAUGACAGAACUGGGCGAGGAAAAUAUUAUCACCACAAGAAGUCCAAAAUUGAGUCUUUUCUCCACUGGAAUUCAGAACUCUGAUGGAUAUAGUUAUCUCAAAAGACUUUUAAACACUCCAACACAACAAACAUGGACAGACAAUCGAACCUUUACACUUGGAAAAUUUAUUGCUGCAGGAGCAACGUCGUUGGUGUUUGAUUUUGGAGAUGGUAAGAUUAUUAAACUUGCCAAAACACCAAGCGACAACACACAUAUCAUUACAGAAACAAAAACUAUUACUUUUUUGGACGAGAAAGGAGUGAAUCCUCUUCCAAAAAUUGUUGAGCAUGGAAAUUAUUGGAUUGUGAUGGAAAAGUGUUAUCCCUGUACAUCUUUAUCUAAAUCAGAAAUGAAAGCUUUGGUGGAAUUGGUAAAAAGUUUUCACCAAGCAGGUGUGUUACAUAGAGAUAUUAGGCCUCAAAAUAUAAUGAAAACAGAUAGUACUCCAUUAUUAAUUGAUUUUGGAUUCUCUGUAAGGAUUGAAGAACACCACUCAAACUUUGCAGGCACUUCAACAUUUUGCGCAGAACAAUAUUCUGAACAUUGGACACACAGAUUAACCUCAACCUAUCUCAAAAUCUAUGACUAUGAAUCCUUGUUGAAAGUUUUUGUCUACUUUGCAGACACAACUGUCAAAGAUUCUAUCGAUAGUUGCAACUUAAUUGGGACUCAAAGAAGACAAUAUUUCGUAAAAUUUUGCAAAAAAUAA